UUGCUACUUCAAGGUUACCUACUCCAGUUGCGUAGCUUAUCUCUGACUAUUUGCCAUUGAAUAAUAUCUCCUCAGUAUAAAUAAUGUCAUCCGAUUAUUCAGACAUGCCGUUACCUCCUAACUGGGAGUCUCGACUCGACUCAGAAUCCGGCCACUGGUAUUAUAUCAAUCAUGAGGAUAAGACUACUAGUUGGGAUGAUCCACGACCUGCAUAUUAUUCUGCUCAACAAUUAGACCUUUUAGUAUGAUUUCAUUAUUAUAAGUAUGCUUUAGAAUACUUAUCGAAUGGGUUUUGGUGAUCGACAAGAUUUGAUUGGUGAAUUUUUCGACAUACCUGAAAUUUCUUCUAAGUCACAAAAAAAUCCAAAAUCUAUUAACCCUAAACCAUGCGAUGAUCGUAGUAAAGAUGGUCCCGCUACAAAAACACAUCGUAGUCGAAUUGAACCAAAUGGAGAAAAUUCAUCACGAAAAGAUACUUAUUCCAAAGGAAGAACUACUUCACAUCGUAAUCGUGAAUCAAAAUCAAGUGUUUGUUCGCAAAAUGAUAAUGAAUCAUAUCAUUCAUCAAUUUAUUUUUCACCGAAAACUAAUAAAAAAUCUAAAUAUGAUUCAUUAUUACCAAAAACAUCAACAGAUAAUGAUGAUCACAAUGUUGAUGAUAAUGUUUUUGCUACGGAAUCAACUAAAAAAGGGGACACAUCAGAAUCCACACAAAAUGAUAAAGAAUCACUUCAAAUCAACAGGUUGUCGCUAGAAAAACACCUUGAUACUGCUGUUACUACUACAACUCUUACUUCCAAUACCGUUAUUCUCAUUGAAAAUAAUCCAUUGCAAAAGGUUAAUACUACAGAAAUAUCGGUUGAAAAGCAGUCAUUGAAUAAUGGAUCAUCUAUAUAUCCAGACCAAACCAUGGGUUUAAUUCUUUGCUCAACUGAAAAAUCACGUCGUUAUCAACCUGUUGGUCCAAAUCCUAAAUUACUCGGUUCACGUAUAAUUCCACAUGGUCCGAAUCCUUUAUUUGUUCAUGGACCAAAUCCAUCAUUAGUACAUGGUUCAAUUUAUCAAUAAGAAUACAUCUCUUCUCCUUAUUAAAUAUAACAAUGUAGUGUCGAUUACUAGAUUAACUCCACAUAGAUUAUUCUAGCUUCGGGACAGGGCAAUUUAUUCAUUGUUCUGAAUUCACGUCUUGACCUUGUUUAUUAUUCGCUUAUGUAGGUGUAUGUGUGCAUUUCCUAUCUUACUCAUCAGAUGUCUGUAACUUAUUUGUAUCUGGCUAAAUAAAUAUUGAUUAACGCUUGAUUAAAUAAGAGUUGGCUCAUAUGUCUUCUCCACUGUGCAUCAUUUCAUUUCGCUUCAUUCGCUGCAAUUCUCUGAUUGUUUGUUCCAAUCAACAAGUGUACAAAAUAUACACAUUCAAAGAUCCAUUCUCGUAUUUGACUUAUUUGAUUGCGUUAUUCGAGAAUAGCCAAUAUGUAUAUCAUCUCAACAGUAAUCAGAAAUGAUGAUCUAACUGGAAUCAGAUCUCAGGCUAUUAAAACAAUACAGAUUUUAUUCAUUAAUAACGAAAGCAUUUAUUUAUUACUCAAACACAUACAUUCAAUAAUGAAUACCAGAAUCACCAUUGUGAUAUACAACAAAUGCUAUUUUCUUACAGAGAAACCUUUCAUUGGAUAACUUUUCUAUGUUGAAUUGUUAUAUCCCGAUAAGAAUAAUGAAUGGUAACUUUUGGAAUCCAUUUAUAGAGCAAUACUAAACGUAUACUUCUAUCGUAUAAUUGUUAAGUAAUUAAACUACGCUUAUUCAUGGUGCUCUUAUUAUAAGCUUUCAUUUGACCUAUGAACUGUUAUUUAUACGAUUUAUCAUUCUUGAGUUAUGCUCUGUCAAUCAAUUACUAUCUCCCUUAUUCACAGCUACAUUUGGCUAAAUCUUGUACAAAUGUUGUUUCCAAUUUUAUUGGUACGAUGUGGUCUGUCUGGUUGGUAUAUAAACCUCAUAAAUGAUUCAUGUCACAGAGGCUAAGAUUGAUGUUCUGGAUCGAACUGGCUGGGCUAGGCACGAAACAGGAUCAAGAAGUACUCUAGACUGCUCGCAUGGGUUUUAAGCGUCAUUGGUCCCAUCGAUAAUUCACUACUCUCUAAUUGGCGGUAUCAUUACGUUAUACAUUAACAGGACACACAGGCCACAAGUUAUAACAUGAAUAGAUCUAACAUUCUUUAAACUAAGAUCAAACAAAAUGAAUGAGAAGCUUAUCUCAAUUCAAAUAAUAACUAAAUCUAUUUAAUUGUGUUUUACUAACAAAACAGUACAGUAGAGAUAAAUGAAAAACCUUUGACUUUCAUUCGAAUCAGGCAUAUUCUUUAUAAAAUUGAAAAAGAAAACGCUUAACCAGAAGAUAAGGUUUCCUCGGUUGAAUUUCUUGUUGAAACUUUUUUUUGUUUUUCUUUCUUUUUUCAUUAUUACUUAUCGUUGUCCAGUUUUGUGUUUAUAUUCCUUUACCUUCUGUUGUUUGUUUGUUUUUCUCUUUAAAAUGUUAUCGUUUUAUUUGUGUGAUACUUAUUGUUUUCGUUGCCCAAUAAUUGUGUCAGAAUGUAUAUCUGUAAUUAAAUAAAUAAAUGAGGACAAUUCA